CUUUCAAAUUUACAUUUACCAACUUAAUGAUUUUGCCUAGAAGCUAGUAACAUAGCAAUGUGGUAGGGGUGGGUCAGGCCAGGUACGCGACUUCGUAUUUUCUCACAUUUUAGGAUAGUAGGUCGAUCAUGAAGAAAAUUAUUACUGUGUGACUUUCUUGAUAAGAAAAAAAGAAAAAAAAAGAAAAAAAGAAAAAAGUCAUUAGUUUAAAGUGGAUGGUGAAAUUAUUGUAUUCUUUAUUUUCUUUUGGUUUUACAUGCAGUCGACCGAAUCAGAGUAGCUAUUCUUCUUCUAACGCCGCAACGCAAUUUCAAUCAGUUAUAACCAGUAGAAACUAUUGAUUAUGACAUGUUUUUGCUUUUGUUAUGGAUACAGUGAAGCAAAAGUUGAAUGGUAUAUUCUGGAAACUCACUGAAAUGUUAGUGCCACAGAUGAAGUUCAUUAGAGAGAUAAAAAGAGAACAUAAUCAAGCACAUCAGCUUGUCAAACAUCUAUGCAGGGAAAUUGAGAAAUUAAAACCCUCUAACGCACCGGAUAUAUUACAACACUCCUUAAUAGCUGCAGCAGAAGUUGGGAUUUCUGAAGUUGUUGAAGAGAUUUUUGCAAUAUGUCCUAUUGCGUUUGCUUUGACAAAUGCGAAAGAACAAAAACGUGUUCCAUGUUGCAAUUUUGAACCGCCAUGAAAAUGCAUUCAACCUCAUUUAUCAAGUCCGUGAUGACAUGAGACUCCAAGUUUUCUUAAACGUAGAUUCAUCCAAUAUGACAUGUCUAGAUUCGGUUGCUUGUUUGAAAAGUGAGCAAAGAAUCAAUAUCAGAGCUAGUGCAGCCGGUGCAGCUUUACAAAUGCAGCGGGAAUUGCAGUGGUGUGAGGUAAUGAUUUUUUUUUUUUUUUUUUUCCUAAUUUUUUAAAAAUACAUUCCUUAGUAUUUGGUAUUAGGUUAUUUUGUCCUAGUUACAAGUUCUCCUACUUUUCACUGAUGGAACAUUAAUGCAUUGGAUAUCAUAUGUAUAUCUGGUGCAGUUCGAAUUAAUUUGGUUAUAAGACAUAUUGUGUUUACCUUGAAAUCCGAUUAAAAGUAUGUCCAUUUAAUUUGUGUUGGAUUUAUUUAGAUUAUGAACUGGGUAAUGUAUUAUGUCCAAAAUCGUAGUUGAAUAUGGAUACGAGUAACAUGAAUCCCUUACAUGUGGAUUGUAUCAGUUUACAGUCAAAAUCCCAGUUGUUUGGAGAAAUAUAGAAACCUGCAUCAUUCUGUAUGAAUUCCCAAAUGACUGAACUAAACUUGCAGUUAAAGAACAAGUGGUCCAAACACUCCCAAUCAGCAAGGCAGAGAUAACAUGCAUUGGUGUAGUGUUUGUAUCUCAUGGGUUUUGAGUCCAAAGUGUAUAGUCCGAGAGCCAACCAAGCAAUAUGACCAUGCUUUGAGAUGUGAUGUUUAAACCGGAUUAGUUGGGGCCAAUUAAAUAACAAUGAUGGUGGUGUGAAAUAUUCCAUUGUAAGUUUGUGAGAGUAAUCAGAUGGGGCACUUGGUAACCAUUGAAUCAAAUCUGGAGUUGGUGAGGGUGUAGCAAUCUGGAGUUUAUUUAUUUGACCAAAAUACACAAUCAACUUUGACCAUCCUAUAAUUUUAUUUUAUAAUAUUUUAAGCUGAUUUUUUUACAGCAAGGUAACUCUAAGACUGGCUAGUGAUGAUAUAACUUAUGCAUUAUUAUAGAAUUACUCUAUUUUCAAUUCUUAUAUUAUGGCCUGAUCAAAUGGCUAUUUGAUGGGAAAAUCCUUCACUUUAAUGCAGGAAGUCGAAAAGUUGACAAUUAAAUUGUACAGAGACAAGUUAGGUUCUGAAAAAGCAUCACCAAGAAUGGAAUUUAGUGAGACACACGAGGAGCUAAUCAAGGAAGGAGAGAUAUGGAUGAAAGACACGGCCAAUUCAUGCACAAUUGUCACAGCACUCAUUGUCACUAUAGUGUUUGCAGCUGCCAUCACAGUACCCGGCGGAAACAAUAGCGAUAACGGCCAUCCAAUUUUCUCCAAAAAUAAAGCUUUUUUAACUUUUGGUGUAUCAGAUGGGGUUGCUCUUUUCUCAUCGACUUCUUCUCUAUUGGCAUUCUUGUCAAUCCUCACUUCGCGCUAUGCGGAAGAAGAUUUUAUCAAAGUCUUACCAAGGAGAUUGAUUAUUGGUUUGACAACCUUGUUCAUCUCCAUAAUAUCCAUGAUGAUAGCUUUUGGUGCCAUCCUCUAUCUUGUGUUUGGAGAUAGGAAACCAUGGAUUCUUGCUCCUAUUACUGCACUAGCCUGUGUACCUGGGAUCCAGUUCAUGUCAUCACAAUUUCCUCUUCUGUUUGAUAUGGUCAAAUAUACCUAUCGCAUUGGCGUUUUUUGUAAACAGAGUGAUCGUAUGUUCUUCUUCUAAACCAAAUAGAGAAGGAAAAAGAACAAAAAAAAAAAAAAAAAAAACUUGUAUGGUCUGCCAAUUUGAAUCAAUCAAUUUGAUUGAAUUAAUUGACAUUUUGUUUAAAGUGAGAAUUCAUAAAAUACAGAAUGUUUGAAAGCUGUGGCACAUUGCUGUUAUUGAUGCUACAAUAAAUAAUUUGAAGCUAUGUUUGGAGGUUUGGAUUAGGAGUAAUAAAAUUAGACAUCAGUUUGGCA